AUGGCUUACAUGACUAUGGAGAUGUCUGCAGAGAGUCCAGAACCAAGAGUGGUCUACUCUGAGAAGGACCUGGCGCGACACUUUGAGAGCAUCCUCCAAGACCUGCUCAACAAGAGCCACGACAACUGGAACAAAAGAUGUGAUGCUCUCCGGUUGAUCAGGGCUCUCGUCAAAGGAGGGGCUACUGACUUUCCCACCUUCGCUUCUCUGGUCCACAACGCCCGUCAAGUCCUGGCGGACUGCAUUGCAGACUUGAGGUCCGUGCUGGUGAAGGAAGCAUGCAAGACUGUCACCCUGCUCGCUGAGAGCAUGCAGCAAAGCUUCGCUCCUGUAGCUGAGAUCAUGAUCACCUCCUGUCUGAAGCAAAUCCCCGUCACGAUCCAGGUCAUCUCGGAGGCCGCCUUUUCCUGCCUGCAAUCCAUCUUCACGCACACGCACAGCGGCAGGCUGAUCCCAAAGCUCCUUGAAGGCAUGAAGUCCAAGGCGGCAGGCGUCAAGGCAAAGAGCCUCAGCUGCAUCCUGAUAAUACUCCAGAAGUGGGCCUGGAGCGACAUGGAGAAGCAGUUCGAUCAGUUGGAGGACGUGCUCGUCUCCUCCCUCUCUGACGCACAGGGCGAUGUGAGGUUGGAAGCACGUCGGUGUGUAGCAGAGGUCUGCGAGCGCUUCAAGGACCGGGGGGGGAGGAUGAUGAGGAAUCUCGAUGUCUCCAUGCAGAAGAAGAUUCUGGAGGAAGCCGCCUGCUCGUCUCCUGUGGCGAAGCCUCGCUCAGGCUCCCGUCCUGCCACUGCUGGAGCUGUGCGCGUUCGCACCGCCGUGCAGGAGGCAGCUCGUCCUGCUGCUCACGAGGAGCCAACAAGGCCGAGCACGACGAUGGCGGCUGCGCAGAGGAAAGAGCCUCCCGUCGCGAAUGAGAGGACACACAUGACUCAAGGUCCUCGGAGAGUUGGAGCAGGGCUCGACAGCACAGGAAGAUCAGGAGCAGGAGCAGGAGCAAGAGCAGGAGCAGGAGCAGGAGCAGGAGCUGGCGCGAGCAUCAAGACCACGUGCAGGAGAGUUCCACUUGACGUCCUAGCAGCCAACCCGAGCUCCCACGAUCAGAUGAAGAGCGAGAGUGCGCGAGCCUGGAUGGAGGAUGGGAGGGACAAGACCUGGAGGAGCGCUGGGCAGGGAGGAGGGAGGAAGGAGGAGGGGAACCAGGUGCUGCAUGCUGUGAUCCCCCGAGCUCUGUCGGAGGAAGAGCUCAACGGUUGCCUGGUGGAGGCGUCCAACUCCCUGUGGUCGCUGCGGGAGGGCUCGCUCCUGAAGCUCGCAGGAGCGAUAGUGGCGAGCCCCAGCUCCCGGGCCCUCUCCUCCGCGGCCAACAGGAUCGCAGACCUGAUCUCAGAGCGGCUCGGGGACGCGCAUCACAAGGUGCAGCAGGCGGCCCUGGUGCUCCUUGACGCCUUCGCUGCUCACAUGCCGGCGACACUCGCUCCGUGCCUGGACCUCGUCCUCCCUCGGCUGAUGCAGCGGCUCUGUGACAAGAAGGAGGAGGUCCGGUCUGCGAGCGUCCUCCUCCUCCGCCGCCUUCACGAGUCCUGCGGGUCUCAGGUGACCCUGAUGGGGAUGGUGAAGGCUCUGGAUGCUGCGCAGGCGCCGGUGAAGUCAGCAUGCUUGCAGCAUCUGAUCUCCUCCUACUCCGUUUUCGCUCCCUUCAUCGCCUCCUGCCCCUCCCAGGCUCGCAACCUCUUCCUAAAGCUCCUCCCUCUCUCCAUCGACAAGGUCCUCGAGCUCAGGAGGAGCAGCGUGCAGGCCCUCGUGCAGCUCUACGUCCUCGCCCCCCUCCCCUUCUACGAGGCGCUGAUGAAGCUGCCGGGGGAGCAGCAGGCGGCGAUCAAGAAGUCUCUCCUCCCCUCCCUCCCCUCCCUGGACCGGGAGGCUGCCGCGUACGCGAGGACCAAGAAGCUCUCUCCCGAAGUAGCUGCUGUCUCAGCCCACGCCAUCUCCUCGUGCUGCUCUCCUCAGAACAAGGAGGUAAGAGGAGAGGAAGGCUGGGAGAUCCACUCGCAUGCUGCAGCAGCUCAGGAGGACGACGAGGAACAGGAGGAGAGUAAGAGUUACCAGCCUUGCAACUACGAGGAGGAGGAGGAGGAAGCGAUGGAGAUGAGCAGCAAGCAUGCGAGCGAGAGUCAGACCGUGCGGCCGGUGGAGAGGACACCGCGCAAGCGCCAGCAUGAAGAGGAAGGAGGAGAGAAGGGGAGGGCGGACUCGUGGGAUGACAGGGGGAUAGAGAACCAGGAAGCAAACCGGCAGCCGCGGGUGAGGGGUUCGCCAUGGCGGGAGGAGGAGAAGAGCAUGAGCAGCAGGGAGCUGCUGACAUCCAUCCUCUCCCAGCUGAACUCGAGCUUGAGCAGGCAGGACUGUGAGGCCUCGCUGGAACACCUGAGGAGGCUGGCAGCCUUCAGCGAAGCCAGCAGGGAGCGAGGAGGAGGAAGCCUUGUUCAGCUGAUCCUCCUCCUCCUCAAAGGAGCAGCGCAGGCAGGCAUGGCAGAAGUUCAGAUGGCGAGUCUGAAGCUCCUGGACGCCUCGCUGCAGGAGGAGGAGGACGUUGACCCGCUGGCUCAGGUGGUGCUGAGGGAGCUGCUCGAAUCGGUUCCGAGGAGCAAGAGGAGCGUCGCUGCACAGGCGGAGGAAGUGACGGCAAGGAUGAUGACGCGCUGCAAUCCGCAGAGGAGCAUGGGGAUGCUGGCGCAGGCGCUGGAAGAGGGGAACGCGCGGGGAGAGGAAGGGACCGGCUCCACCAUCCCCGUAGUCAUCAGGCUGCUGGAGAAGCAGGCAGGUCGCACCCCUCGCUCCUUGCUUGAGCCGCAUGUCCCUCUGCUCCUGCCCCUGCUCUCGUCCGCCCUCAACCACAGCUCCGCUGACGUCCGCAAGUCGGUUGUCAUGUGUCUGGUUGAACUUCAUCGUCAGCUGGGCCAGGAGAUGCUCGUGGAGCUGGACGGGUUGCUGACAGCAGCUCAACUGAAGCUGGUGAGGAUCUACAUCGACAAGGCGAGAGGAGGAGGAGGAGGAGGAGGGGCAGCAGCGCUGUGCUGA